AUGCUACCCCGUGCUGGAGCCAUCACUGUGGGCGGCUUGGCGGGGCUGGUCCUCGGGGCACGGCGGCGGGGCGGCUUCAUCAGGAAGGUCCUCUACACCUCCACCGGCGUUGUCACUGCCGCCUCCCUCUGCUACCCCCGCCAGGCCUACGCAGUCUCCCAGCAGCUGUACGGAGCGGCCAAGAACUACGGGGCCAUUGGAUAUAACUUUGUGGUCAGAGUCAAGCCACAGUCCAAGGCACCACCACCACCACCACCACCAGCAGAGGCACCCAAGGAACCAGAGAAGGAAGGUGACGCCAGUGCCACGCCCCCUGCCACCCCAGAGGACGCCCCCCCAGCCCCUGCCGAUGCCCCAGAGCCGCAGGGGGCCGAGGUAAGGAGUGCCGCUGCUCUGACCCUCCCCCCUGGCAAAUCCCUGGUUGACACAUUAGUAGAGCAGGCCAGCGAUGUCACUGUGUGGGGCUUUAGACUAACCGAUAAGGGCAGUGCCGCACCCAGGGUCACACCACAGGACAAGCCAUCAGUGCCGGAAGGGUUUGGUAGCGUUGGCACUGGUGAUGGUGGUGUUGUGAGUGCCAAGGUUGUGUUAGGGGAGGUUAAGGAAGGUGGAGAGAAGGGUGGAAGCAUAGUGGAGGAGGUGGUGGAGGCUGUGAAGGAAGGAGCCGUGGAGGUUAUAGAGAAGGUGGAGGAGGAGGUUGUCACUGUCGGAGAGAAGGUCGCCCAGGUGGAGGAGAAGGUGGAGACAGCUGCGGUGGAGGUGCUGACGCCUCUGCUGGGAGAGGAGGUGGCCAAGGAGGUGGUGGAGAAGGUGGAGGCAGUGGUGGGGGAAGCUGUGGAGAAGGUGGCAGAGGUGGAGGAGGGAAAGGUGGCUGUGGUGGUGGAGGAGGCAGCCAGAGAGGUGGAGGAGGGGGCAGGUGUAGCGGAGGAGGUUGUGAAGGAGGUGGAGGAGGUGGGAGAGGUGGAGGAGGCCCUGGAGGUGGUGGAGAGGGUGACGGAAGCAGUGGAGAAGGCAGCGGAAGUCUACCCUGCCGUGCCUGCAGCGGAGGUGGAGAAGGUGGAGGAGGCGGUGGAAGGAGCAGAGGCAGUGGUGGAGAGCAUCACGGAGGCAGCCAAGGAGGUGGAGGGGCUGACGGAGGAGGUGAGGAAGGAGGCGGAGAAAGUGGAGGAGGCAGCAACGGAGAUAGUGGAGAGUGCAGAGAAGAGGAAGGAGGUGGUGGAGGAGGUGGUGGAGGCACUUGAGGUAAAGGAAGAACAAGAAAAACAAGAGUCCAGUGCCGUGGUGGAGACACAGGCGGAUGUUCCACCACAUGAAACCCAAACAGAAGUGGACACCCCCCCUGUGGCACUCCCCAGCCCUGCAGUGCCCCAGGAGAAGGAGGGACUCUUUGACAAGCUGGUGAACCUCUUCAAGCCAGACAAGAGUGCCAGGGAGGAACAGCCUGGCACUGAGGUGGAAGAGAGUGCCAGUGUUGCCAAGACUGAGCCAAGUGGAGAGCCUGAAACUGCCAAGCAAGUGGAGGUGGAGGCACAGCUUAAGGAGAGUGAGGGGGCCAGUGUAGUGGAGAAGGUGGUGGAGGCUGUGAAGGAAGGAGCUGUGGAGGUGAUGGAGAAGGUGGAAGAGGAGGUGGAGGAAGGGGCCAAGGAGGUUGUGGAGAAGGUGGAGGCAGUGGUGGAAGAGAAGGUGCUGGAGGUGGUGGAGGAGGGAGUGGUCGCUGUUGGAGAGAAGGUUGCUGAGGUGGAGGAGGUGGUGGAGAAGGUGGAGGAGACUGCAGAGAAGGUGGCAGUGGUGGUGGAGGAGGGGGUUGUGCAGGUGGUGGAGGAGGCCCUGGAUGUGGUGGAGAGAGUGAGUGGAGCAGUGGAGGAGGUGGCAGAGGCAUUCCCUGUAGUGCCGGCAGCAGAGGUGGAGAAGGUGGAGGAGGAAACAGCGGCAGUGGUGGAGAAGGUGGAGGAGACUGCAGAGAAGGUGGCAGUGGUGGUGGAGGAGGGGGUUGUGCAGGUGGUGGAGGAGCCCCUGGAUGUGGUGGAGAGAGUGAGUGGAGCAGUGGAGGAGGUGGCAGAGGCAUUCCCUGCAGUGCCUGCAGCAGAGGUGGAGAAGGUGGAGGAGGAAACAGCAGCAGUGGUGGAGAGUGUCACAGAGGCAGCCAAGGAAGUGGAAGGGCUGACAGAGGAGGUGAGGAAGGAGGUGGAGGUGGUGGAGAGCGAGAAGAAGGAGGUGGUGGAGGUGGCAGCAGAGGUGGUGGAGAGUGCAGAAAAGAGGAAGGAGUUGGUGGAGGAGGUGGUGGAGGCACAGGCUGAUGUUCCACCACAGGAAACCCAAACAGAAGUGGAGACCCCCCCUGUGGCACCCCCCAGCCCUGCAGUGCCCCAGGAGAAGGAGGGACUCUUUGACAAGCUGGUGACCCUCUUCACCAAACCAGACAGGGAUGCCAAGGAGGAACAGAGUGCCAGCAAGGCCACUGAGGCGGUAGAGGUGGAGAAGGUGGAAACAGUGGUGGAGGAGGCUACAGAAAAGGUGGCAGAGGUGGUGGAGGAGGCAGGAGAGAAAGUGGAGAAGGCCCUGGAGGUGGUGGAGAGAGUGCCUGAAGGAGUGGAGGAGGUGGCUGAAGCAUUCCCUGCAGUGCCAGCAGUAGAGGUGGAGAAGGUGGAGGAGGCAGCAGCGGAGGUGAUGGAGAGCAAGGAGAAGGUGUUGGAAGAGGUGGUGGAGACACAGGCGGAUGUUCCACCACAGGAACCCCAAACAGAAGUGGACACCCCCCCUGUGGCACCCCCCAGCCCUGCAGUGCCCCAGGAGAAGGAGGGACUCUUUGACAAACUGGUGAGCCUCUUUGCCAAAGCAGACAAGGAUGCCAAGGAGGAAGAGGGUGCCAGCAAGGCCACUGAGGUGGGAGAGGUGGUGGAGAAGGUGGAGACAUUGGUGGAGGAGGCUGCAGAAAAGGUGGAGGAGAUGGGAGAGAAGGUGGAGAAGGCCCUGGAGGUGGUGGAGAGAGUGCCUGAAAGAGUGGAGGAGGUGGCUGAGGCAUUCUCUGAAGUGCCUGCAGCAGAGGUGGAGAAGGUGGAGGAGGCAGCCGCGGAGGUGAUGGAGAGCGAGGAGAAGAAGGUGUUGGAAGAGGUGGUGGAGACACAGGCGGAUGUCCCACCACAGGAACCCCAAACAGAAGUGGACACCCCCCCUGUGGCACUCCCCAGCCCUGCAGUGCCCCAGGAGAAGGAGGGACUCUUUGACAAGCUGGUGAACCUCUUCAAGGAUGCCCCAGAGAGUGCCAAGGAGGAUCAGCCUGCCAGCAAGGCCACUGAGGUGGGAGAGGUGGAGGAGAAGGUGGAGACAGUGGUUGAGGAGGCUGCAGAAAAGGUGGCAGAGGUGGUGGAGGGAAAAGUAGCUGUGGCAGUGGAGGAGACAGGAGAGAAAGUGGAGGAGGCAGCAGGAGAGAAGGUGGAGGAGGCCCUGGAGGUGGUGGAGGAGACAGUGCCUGGAGCAGUGGAGGAGGCAGUGGAGGCAUCCCCUGCCGUGCCUGCAGCAGAGGUGGAGAAGGUGGAGGAGGAGGCAGCGGAGGUGGUGGAGAGCGAGAAGAGCGAGGUGGUGGAAGAGGUGGUGGAGGCACAGGCUGAUGUCCCACCACAGGAGAGCAAAACAGAAGUGGACACCCCCCCUGUGGCACCCCCCAGCCCUGCAGUGCCCCAGGAGAGGGAGGGACUCUUUGACAAGCUGGUGAGCCUCUUCAAGCCAGACAAGGAUGCCAUAGAGAGUGCCAAGACUGAGACAAGUGGAGAGCCUGAAAGUGCCAAGCAAGUGGAGGAGGGUGAGGGGGUCAGCCUGGUGGAGGAGGUGGUGGAGGCUGUGAAGGAAGGAGCUGUGGAGGUUAUAGAGAAGGUGGUUGAGGUGGAGGGCAAGGUGCUGGAGAAGGUGGAGGAGGGGGUGAUUGCUGUCGGAGAGAAGGUCGCCCAGGUGGAGGAGAAGGUGGAGACAGCUGCGGUGGAGGUGUUGACGCCUGUGCUGGGGGAGGAGGGAGCCAAGGAGGUGGUGGAGAAGGUGGAGGCAGUGGUGGGAGAGGCUGUGGAGAAGGUGGCAGAGAUGGUGGAGGGAAAGGUGGCUGUGGUGGUGGAGGAGGUGGCCAGAGAGGUGGAUGAGGGGGUAGCCAUAGUGGAGGAGGUUGUGAAGGAGGUGGAGGAGGUGGGAGAGAAGGUGGAGGAGGCCCUGGAGGUGGUGGAGAGGGUGACAGAAGCAGUGGAGAAGGCAGCGGAAGUCUACCCUGCCGUGCCUGCAGCAGAGGUGGAGAAGGUGGAGGAGGCGGUGGAAAGAGCGGAGGCGGUGGUGGAGAGCAUCACGGAGGCAGCCAAGGAGGUGGAGGGGCUGACAGAGGAGGUGAGGAAGGAGGCGGAGAAGGUGGAGAAGGCAGCAGCGGAGAUAGUGGAGAGUGCGGAGAAGAGGCAGGAGUUGGUGGAGGAGGUGGUGGAGGCACUUGAGGCAAAGGAAGAACAAGAAAAACAAGAGUCCAGUGCCGUGGUGGAGACACAGGCGGAUGUUCCACCACAGGAAACCCAAACAGAAGUGGACACCCCCCCUGUGGCACCCCCCAGCCCUGCAGUGCCCCAGGAGAAGGAGGGACUCUUUGACAAGCUGGUGAGCCUCUUCAAGCCAGACAGGGAUGCCGUAGAGAGCGCCAAGAACCAGGCUGAGAAAGAACCUCAGAGUGAAGUCUUAGAAAGUGGUAAGACGGAACAGAUUACCGAAACUCCCGACACUUCCAUUCCUUCAACUUCCGUCACAUUGGAUACUCAAGACACUGAGGCUCCUGUGUCCGAAGUUGAAACCAAAACAGAACCUCCAGAACCAGUGACUGAACCCGUCGGAGAACCUGAACCUGAUGUCACACAGAAAGCAGAAAUAGAAACCACUGGAAAAUCUGAAACUCCUGAAAAAUCUGAACCUGAAACUACUGAGAAACUUGUGGGUGAGGUAAAGGAAACUGAGAGGCAGGAGGCAGUGGAAGAGAAGGAGCAGGCAGUGGAGGAAGAAGCAGGAUGGGUGAUGGUGGAGGAGGAGAAGCAGGAAAAGGUGGAAGAGGCAGCAGAUGAGAAGCUUCAGUCUGUUAGUGAAGAGAAAGACUCAAGGGCAGUAGGGCAGAAAGAGGAGGUUCCAGAAAAGAGCGGGGGACUGUUUGGGCAGCUAGUGAGGUUGUUUACUAAGAAGGAGGAGCAGCCAGUGUCCAGUGAUGUAGUGGUGCCACAAGAGUCUGUCCCUGCCGGGGGUGUGCCAUUGCCAGGGGCGGGGGAGGGGAAGGGGCUGAGCACUGGCACUCUUGUGGGGGAGGCUGAGGCCCUCCCUGCGGCACUGGCUAAGGCUGAGGACGCGGUGAAUGUUCCUGAUGUCUCAGUUGUUGCAGAGGACACAGCCCUCGAUGUCCCACAGGUCACUGAGGACACAACACAAGUGCCUGAGGCCUUACCCAUCCCUGAAGACGCUGCUCAAAUUUCAAGUCUUCCAACAGUUCCUGAUGCCCCACAAGUUCCUACAGACACAGCAGAGUCCCCUGGUGCUCCAUUGGUCCCCGGGGAAGAGGCCCCUGCUGCUGCACCAGACACAGUGGAGGCUGUGUCUGGUGAGCUGCCAGGCCUCGCCCAGACACAGGAAGGCGUGGUGGCCAGCACAGAACCUGCAGGGGAGCCAGCACCUCCACCACCAUCACCACCACCACCAGCAGUAGAGAAGAAGAACCUGUUUGAUAAGCUUGCCAGCCUCUUCCAGAAGGAGGAGCAGCAGCAGGAGGCUCAGCGCCAUGAAGCAGCAGCAGAAGAGGUGAAGGAGGCCACUGAGGGAAGUGAAGCACCAGCAGCAGUGCCUGAGAGCCCUCAGGAGGCCACUGCUCCCACUGGCAGUGAUGUGCCAGAGACUGCUGUUGUCGCCACAGCAGGGGAGGAGGAGCAAGAGGCUGCCCCGGGCGCUGCAGCUGUGACACAACCACCGCAGCCCCUGCCGUCCAGUCCCCAGACCGAAGCUGAGGUAGUGCAGGAAGGGAAGGACGUCAUCGUGAAGCUGGACAAGCCAACCCCGGAGAAGGAUUUCGGACAGAGCAACCCCGAGGACUCCGACAUGUACACCACCAGGGGCUAGACUGUCGAUAAACUCAAUAGGCUCGGAAAACACGACUACACGGAUAUGGGGAACUGCAACCAUGUCUACCACGGAUAAUCCAAUGUCAUCUAAGUGUCCCUCUUUUUUUUAUUUUGACCAUUAGUGAGAAGGGGCUGGAAUAGACUCGGUAAACUCAUUAGACUCGGAAAACACUACAACUACAUCACAUAAUUUAGUGUAUAUUUAAUUUCUUCCAUUUUGACCAUUAGUAAGAGAGAGGAAUACAGCUGAAGACAAAGGUAGUAAGCUGGUUGUGUUAAAUUAAAGGUAUGUAUUUCUACCUGUUAGAAUAAAAGAGGAUUACCAAUCAUGAUAAAUUUAGGUUAUUCGAUAAGUUUUUAUGUAUGUUUGUUUCCCCCAUUAACUAGUGUGUGUUUUCUCCCUCUUUAGUGCAGACGAGGAUUUAUUUGUAUUAGUUCGAGUGAGGCAAGUGAAAGGUUCGUGUGGUGCUUGUAAGGUCAUCGAAGCAGGUUCUUGGGUCACAUACUACUAAUAAUAAUGGUAAUAAUGACAUAGAUAAUUUCUGGCAUGCAACUGAACAGGAAUUACAGUUUUAAGUCAGCCAGAUAUUCACGCCAGUCCAUAUCCAGUUACGAUGUUUUUUUUAUAAGACUGAAGAGUUAUAUAUCACAAACCACUUUCUAUAUGCAUUUCCAAAGCUGCCAACUGAACAGGAAUUACAGUUUUAAGUCAGCCAGAUAUUCAUGCCAGUCCAUAUCCAGUUACGAUGAUAUUUGUAAGCCUGAAGAGCUAUAUAUCAUAAGCCACUUUUUAUAUGGAUUUCCAAAGCUGCCAAAAAUACCAUCAACUUGGACUCAGAAACACGUCCACUCUUAAGUCCUAGCGUCAUCCAGGUGGCCCAUGUGCUGCCAUGCCUCAUACAAUGUGACGGUUGUAUAUAUAUAUCUUGUUAAUAAUGUGUAUCAGAGGUAUA